UAUUGCAGAAUUCGAUUAUUUCAACGAAAAUUCGUUAUCAAAUUCUCAUGAGAUGCUACUUGCAGAAGUACCACGAUUUGACAACAAACCAUUAUCUCUUGUGACCUUCCGUCUAAAAAGUGCUUUUUUGAGAUGUUUUGAUUGAAUCGAUUGAGAGGGUUCGGAUAGGUCUUCACAGAUGUCACAUGAUGAUGCCAUUAACGUAAUCACCGAUUUCAAGCUAUGGUAUGAGUUUCCCUCUACAAGAAUCUCUGAGCGGCAUGGAUAAUUUCCUUGCUGACGAUUUGUACCAGGCUGUAAAGAAACCAGAUAUACCCAAACUGGAGGGCUUCUUCAAGGCAGGACUGAGCCCCAAUCAUGUCUUUACAAGUGAGAAGAAUGCUGAUGCACUUGGUAAAACGCUCCUCCAGGUCGCCACAUCUGAGAAGAAUGCAGAUGUGGUGAAGUUGCUCAUCAAGCAUGGAUGUGACGUGAACUAUGGCGUCAAGAAGAUCAUUACCCCAAACUCGACAUCAUAUCGACUUGAUAAAUGUGUGGAGGAUUUGACACAGACUUGUUUGUUUUAUUCUAUUUGUACAGAGAGUGUUGAGAUCGUUGAGAUUCUGACCGAGGCAGGUGCAAAUGUGAACUUGGAGUGCAGAGAUAAGAUGUGUGCUCUAUCUCACGCGAUCGACACUGAAAACAUUGAGAUUAUCACCAGUAUUGCACGCAUGAAAAAAUGUGAUAUUAAUGCACAGGACUUGUAUGGGUUGUCUCCACUGCAUAUAGCUGUAAUCCAUGCAAAGCCAGAUAUUGUGACUCUUCUUUUGAGAAAGAAGGCCGUUGUUGAUCUGGAGCAGUGCCAGGGAGGCAGUCCUCUGUUUUUUGCCAGUGAUUACAUGACACUCAAGUCACUCAUAAGUUAUGGUGCCGACCCAAAUCAUCGAGCUUAUAAUGAUCAUGGCUCAGUUACACCCAUCUAUACGACACUGAAACGUGCCAGAGAUCCCAAGAUCAUUGAAGCUCUAGUUGAAGCAGGUGCUCAAGUGACGAAUGCAGUUCUAGCAGACGGACCCAGUACCCCAAGGAUUCUCCAGGAAUACCCAGAUCUCCAUGCAUGGCUAAAGACUUGUCAUAAAACACCUCAAAGUCUCAAGUUACAGACUUGUUUGAAAAUUCGAGACGUGUUAAGAGUUGCAUCGAAUGGUGUUGGACUUGGUGUGAGAUGUAGAACAAAUCAGCUGCCCCUUCCAAAUGUGUUGAAGCAUUAUGUCCAUUUAGAUCAUAUUUGAAAAGAGGGAUUUUGAAAAAGUUGUGAAGUUUGUCUGCGUGUGUUCAUUGCUGGACCUACAAUUUAUACACACUUUAAAAAUGAGUGUCAGUCAGUGUAAAGCUAAUUCAUUAGGACUGAAGACUGUCAGUAUAAGUGCUAGGGUGCCAUUAAAACUAUUCCUAUCAGUACAUGUAGGACAUGAUUCCAUGGUCUGAUGAAGUCCUGUGUUUUGUUCUCAAUGUGAUUGCUCAAACAAGGAUAUACCAUAUAACAAUGCAUUUGCUGUGCCAGUUGAGUGGCACCUGUACAAAAGGCCUAUGUGUAACAGACACACCUCAACCUAACACAUUGACAAUGUAUUUACAUAGUGAUGUGCAUGCACAUGUACAUCAAUCCCAAGUUACUAUCCCUGUUGCGAGAGAUUAUUGGCAUCUUUAUGUGAUGUUGUGUGAUCUCAUUGCAUCCCCUGGUAACUACUGAAUGGUCCACCACUGAAUGGCUAACCUCUGCAGUAUGGCCUAAGUUGAAGUGUGCAUAUUGCAGAAUGCAAUACUCGACCUCUGUUUUAGGUUCAUCAUCGUGCACUCCACAUUCACCAUCGUUUACCCAGGAAUCUGUAGCUUUGUUGUCAAAUGUGCUCUUCCAAAAUGUACUGCGUGUUUUGACAAUCUAACCAUUUGAGAUGUCUUGUAACCAUGGAACUGAUAGGCAGGUGACCUGCCUAUCAGCAGGUGGAGCCAGGAAAGGGCAGUCGUCCAUUUCUGCAUCAAGGCUCUCUAAAUGUGAUGUUUCUUGUCCCCGUGUUGAGAAUGGUAGAGGUGACCACUGCACUUGGUCCAACCUACAUACGUACUUAGGCAUUUCUGUGAUACAACACUAUUAGCUCAGCGUGAGGCCUGCUUUUAGUGGUCUUGUGUGUAUUUGUACCUUGUGUUAUGGUAAUUGCAAAGAAAAAUAAACAAACUGCUCACUGACCUAAAAUAUUUUAGUCUGUUUUGUUGGCUUCAGGGUGGGAUUGAGUUGAUGCCUGGUGACUCGGUGUUUUGUAGCUCUCAAUUCAUUUGAUGAGGGUUCGGGUUAGCUCUGCUCUCUCACCAAGUCACCAGUGCUUUUGAAUGAUAAGAUUGUUGAAUAAUCAUCUGCCUGACAAGUUCUUGAACAUUCCGAAGACAAGCAAUGGUGUACUACAACCAAAGAACAACAUACAAGACAUGCACAUGUUCAUGUAAACCAAAUCCCUCUGAAGAGA